UUGGCCGAAGAAAGCAGCAGGCAGAAAGCAGCGCUUGGCAGGGGGAUGUGUUCUUGGAAUGGUGAACAUCUAAAUCUGGUGGCAAGCUCUCUGUAUGGGUGUUAAGGGCGGAAUUAUCUUUACCGAAACGAGUAUCAGCUUACCUGAAAUGCCCGACUAUUGGUUAACUGAUGGCAGAUAUAACAAUCCGUUUGAUACUUUACCGAGUCGGGGAGACAUACUCCAAAAUGGCGGAGGCAGCAGGUUCCAUGUACGCCAAUCUGACUUGGCAGAAUUAUUUGCUCGAUAUUUUAUUACUGGCUUGGUUAGGAUGGGCUGUCACAAUAAUUCUGCUGGUCAAUGCAUUUUUCCACUUCCACGGGCCCUUGAAAAUCCCUGCCAACGACCCGUGGGCCGAAACGAGCGGCUUCAUUCGGUGUUCGGGCAGCGGUGAGGCCCCCGACUACAGAACUAACUUUAAUACAGCUUCUCCGUCGGGACUCACCGAGAAAUGCUUCUGGCUGAAUGCUUUGUUAGAUUGGUUUUACAAUCGAGUGGAUUCCUGCCCAAUUAUUGUGGACACUUGGAUAUUGUCACUAAACGAACAAGCGAGAAAAUUAGGGGGCCCUGUCCAGAUAAAGAUAGAAAAAUUAGAGCCAGGCAGUCCACCACCCAAGAUUUCUGACAUCAAAUAUGAAUCUGGAACCAAAACAGAAGAUUACUUUGUCAUCAAUUAUUUCUCUGAUGCUCGCAACUUGUCAUUCUCUAUGUUUGCCUCCCAAAAAACUCACACUGGAAUGAAACUAACCAAUUGUUUAUGUGACGUGGCAAGAUACCAAGCGAAAGUGAAACUCUAUUUCAAAUACACUCAAGGCCAUAUAAUUCUUACGACUAGUUUUGAUGGUCAGCCUUUAGCCAAAGUCAAGGUGAAACCAAUUAACCCAUAUCAGGAGUCUGAAGAAGUUGUUGACCUUGGAGUAGUAGAAGAAGUUGUCCGCAACGCACUGUGUAUGUCCUCAGUGACUAUCAACAUGUCUGACUACCUGGGAUUGUCAUCCAGCUUUGACUCAAGCCACGACCUCGACUACAGGCCUCUGGUCACCUUUCCUGAGUUUGAUGAAGAGAUGCCUGUUGUAAGUCAUAAUAUAACCGAUCAAGUUGCUCUCAGUCAUAAAAUAGCUGAGAUAUACAGGCGUACGUCUCUGGCACAACAAUCCACAUUACCAUUUAAAAGGGUUCCGGCUCUGACUGCUCCUCCUCCAAAACCCCCAAGAGCAGUUGGAGACAAACGGUUGUUUGUGAAAAUUAUUAAAGCAACAAGUCUUGGAGGAAGAGAUGUUGGAACAGGUGACCCAUUCUGUGUGAUUAUAAUGGAUAGCCCCUACCAAAAAUAUGAGACCACAGUCGUCAGAAAUACUGUCAGUCCAUUUUGGGACGAACACUUCCUCUUGGAUGUUUCUCCAGCAUCAACCCUUCUUCGUUUCGAGUUGUAUGACAAAGGAAAGUCCCCAGCUGAUGAAUUCCUUGGAGAUGCAACAAUCUACAUUGAAGAUGUCCGGAAAACUCCAAGCAGUCGACAGAUUAUUCCCUUACAGAGUCCUUCUGGCAGUAUGGAAUACCAAGUCGGCUCUUUAACAGUAGAGUUCCUUCUCAUGGAACCCUUUGAAGUAGAACAAUACAUGGACUCUGCUCUAGGACCAAAGAAUCUCAGAAACAACCAGACCUCUCCACGCCGCCGAGUUGAAGUGUCACGCACCAUAACACCUGGUGGGACGGUAGUUACCACAACUACCACCACUACCCAGCGGCCACAGUACGGCACCCUUCUUCCCGGCAAUCAGAGUGUGCCGUGUGUCGUAGAAAAACUUAGUCCUUAUUCUGAAAGUAGUAAAAACUCUCCAAGUACCAACCAGUCUUCUCCGUCGUUUGGAGGACGGACAGAUAAACAGGAAUCUUCAGAAAUGAUAGUUAUUAACAAUGUUGAGUCCGUAGCCGAGACAGCCAUCCGAGAACUACUGGAGCGAUCCAAAAGACCACGCACACCCACUAAAACUAGUACGUUAAUUAUAACCAGUGUGAAAAGGGAACCUGUCGUACCUGUAAUCAAGACCAUAGACAGUUUGCCAGGAGAAGAUAAUAUUGACAGUCCGUCUUCAGCCUCCGCUGACAAAUCUCAAACUGGAAGUACUGUAUCCGAUAAAGAGAAAAAGAAAUCCUUCUCUCUGGCCAAGACUCUUAAGAAAAGAUUUGGUCGUUCCAAGGUGCGGUCCCAAAGUGCAGACCGAGCCCAGUCACUGAAAUCAGAAGGAGGUAGCAUCACCUACCUGUCACCAACCGAGUCCAGCUUCAAGCCCAUGUCCAAAUCAACAGAAGACAUUAAUGGAAUCAGCCUUGAGGUACCACCAAUAAAGAAAUCCUCAUCUCUUGGUGGAAGCCUCAAAAAAUUGUUCCGGCGUGGACGCAAGAGAACACGAGACCCAGGUGAAACCUCCCGUGAGAGUUCCCUGUCUCGUUCAUCCAUGCGUUACCCUGCCUCAUCUCGUGAAGGUUCUAUAGACUCCACUCGCUCUCCAUAUGUUCCAACACUUACAUCAUAACUUAAUGCUAAUAUUAAUCUCUAUAUUCAAGCAGCAAUGAACCUAACUUCAUCAUUGUUUCCUUAUCUCUGUACAGCUGCCAUUGUUGCUGACUGCCAACAUCUGAAUGGAAAGACAGUUGCUGCUUCCAAUUGGAAUAUUUUGAAACAAUGACAUUGAGUGGUAAGACAAGAAUCCUAGAUGUAAUCAGGAAGUUUGUUUGUGUUUAGUAAUUUGAUCGGCAUUUUCCUUUAUAUUCUUUUUGCAUAUUUACACUUGAAAUCUUCUUGAAAUCUUUUCUGAUCUUCAAUAGAAUUAAGAGACAUGAUUGCAACUGUAAUCAGGAGUGUACAGAAGAACAAAUAAGACAAAGCGAAAAUAAUCUGAAAUAAAAGGAAAGAUUGUCUAAUUCACCUUUUUAUACAUAUUUUUUAAAAUAAAAUAAUCAACCAAAAUGACAUUUA